AUGUACACCAAGGAUGCUUGCCCAAGGAUGCUCGCCCANGGNUGCUCGNCCAAGGUCCCUGGGAGCUUCCUGGCUCGGCCCAGCCGCAAGAACCAGGGUGACUUCUCCCUCUCAGUCAGGGUGGAUGAUCAGGUGACUCAUAUUCGGAUCCAGAACUCAGGGGACUUCUAUGACCUGUACGGAGGGGAGAAGUUUGCGACGCUGACAGAGCUGGUCGAGUAUUACACGCAGCAGCAGGGCAUCCUGCAGGACCGAGAUGGCACCAUCAUCCACCUUAAGUACCCAUUGAACUGCUCGGACCCUACNAGUGAGAGGUGGUACCANGGCCACAUAUCUGGAGGGCAGGCAGAGUCACUGCUGCAGGCCAAGGGCGAGCCCUGGACAUUUCUUGUGCGUGAGAGUCUCAGCCAACCUGGUGAUUUUGUACUCUCUGUGCUCAAUGACCAGCCCAAGGCUGGCCCAGGUUCCCCGCUCAGGGUCACUCAUAUCAAGGUUAUGUGUGAGGGUGGACGCUAUACUGUGGGUGGCUCAGAGACGUUUGACAGCCUCACAGACCUGGUGGAGCACUUCAAGAAGACGGGGAUUGAGGAGGCCUCGGGAGCCUUUGUCUACCUGCGGCAGCCUUACUAUGCCACUCGGGUAAACGCAGCUGACAUUGAGAACCGGGUCUUGGAACUGAACAAGAAGCAGGAGUCGGAGGACACAGCCAAGGCUGGCUUCUGGGAGGAGUUUGAGAGUCUACAAAAGCAGGAGGUAAAGAACUUGCACCAGCGUCUGGAAGGGCAGCGGCCGGAGAACAAGAGCAAGAACCGCUACAAGAACAUUCUUCCCUUUGACCACAGCCGAGUGAUCCUGCAGGGACGUGACAGUAACAUCCCAGGCUCUGACUACAUCAAUGCCAACUACGUGAAGAACCAGCUGCUAGGUCCAGAUGAGAACUCUAAGACCUACAUCGCCAGCCAGGGCUGUCUGGAUGCCACAGUCAAUGACUUNUGGCAGAUGGCUUGGCAGGAGAACACUCGUGUCAUCGUCAUGACUACCAGAGAGGUGGANAAAGGCCGGAACAAAUGUGUCCCAUACUGGCCCGAGGUGGGCACUCAGCGCGUCUAUGGGCUCUACUCUGUGACCAACAGUAGGGAGCAUGACACAGCAGAAUACAAGCUUCGAACAUUACAGAUCUGCCCACUGGACAAUGGGGACCUGGUUCGGGAGAUAUGGCACUACCAGUACCUGAGCUGGCCUGACCAUGGGGUUCCCAGUGAGCCUGGGGGUGUCCUCAGCUUUCUGGAUCAGAUCAAUCAGCGACAGGAAAGUUUGCCUCAUGCAGGGCCCAUCAUUGUGCAUUACUGUGACAUUGAUAUCCAGAAGACCAUCCAGAUGGUACGAGCACAGCGCUCCGGCAUGGUGCAGACCGAGGCCCAGUACAAGUUUAUUUACGUGGCCAUUGCCCAGUUCAUCGAAACGACCAAGAAGAAACUGGAGAUCAUACAAUCCCAAAAGGGCCAGGAGUCGGAGUAUGGGAAUAUCACGUACCCUCCCGCUGUGAGGAGUGCCCACGCCAAAGCCUCGCGUACUUCCUCCAAGCACAAGGAGGAGGUGUACGAAAAUGUGCAUAGCAAGAGCAAGAAGGAAGAGAAAGUAAAGAAGCAGCGGUCGGCAGACAAGGAGAAGAACAAAGGUUCUCUCAAGAGGAAGUGAGCUGGGCAUUCGUCUGCAGGUGGCCAUGCAUCAGCCUUGAUCCCUGCAGAGGCCUCCACCGGAUAGACUGAGACCUGUGGCCCUCACCAGACCCUAGGACCGCCCCCAUCUUCUUGUAAUUUAAGUGACUGUGGUCAUCUGAAUCUGUAUAUAGCCCAGCAAGUCCCCAGGGAGAGCCGGGCCCUUCUAUUCUUGUAAAUAAAUUCCCUGGACCACUGUG